AUUAUAGGAAAGCAUUUCAAUAAGGCAGGUCUAUCAUAAUGCUUAAAUGGAUAGCUACACUUGGGACUCUGCUUAUCCUGCCAAUCAUCACUAAUAUGCAAGAGGCUCUUGAUGAUUUUGAAGUUCCAGUGGAAAUCACCACAAAAACAGAAAGUUUUUCAGUUCGAAGUCCUUUAAACCUGAAAAGGACAAUGGGAAGGACUCGUAAAAUAGGAAAAUAUGUAUACGAGGGUGGUGCGAAUUCCGAAGAAGUUAAUAUAACACUCAAAGGCACUAUGUCGGAUCAGUAUUGUUGCUUUUGGAUAAAUCAGAAACAUCCAGCCGUUUCAGAGACCUGGAAGCAUUUAAAAGAGUAUCCUUUUGAUUUUCUGUUUAAUGGGGUUUUUGUCAAAAAUAAGCGUGACAAUUCCGAAAGAAAGGAAAACAUUCAAACUUAUUUUGGCUAAUCCAAUAAAAAUGAUAUGUAAUCUAUCAUAAGCCUUGUCAAAACAUUAUUUAAAGUGAAAACUAUUUUAAGUGGAAAAUUGAAAAUCAAAUAGUGAAGUGGAAUCUCGAUUGUGUCCAUUUUGGGCUAUGCAUUUAAUUGAGUCUUUGGCUCUUGACGGCUUAGCUGAGGUCCGGAAUUAUAAUUAACUUAGUCGGCUGGGCAAAGUUGGCUAGAAAGUUCGUUCGGUGACCCCGAAAAGGCGCUUUUGGAGCCUAAAAGCCCGACAGCACAUAAUGGAUUUGACACAUUAUAAUCAGGUUUGCAUAGUGUCCUUCGUCCUGGCUGUCAGUCCGUCAGUCAGACGUUGCUUCGGUGAGCGAGUGGACAAGGAGGAUUCCCUUGGGCGCUUUGACGUGCUCUGCUUAUUUGGUCAAGGCAGCAAGUUGUAGAAGUAGUUAUUGCCCCAUCAUCGUCAUCGCCAUCGCCGGCUGAGAACUUUGAUAAAUAAGGCUGCCCAUGUCUGGGCAUUUACUUAGUUAAUUAAAUUCAACUUCUUCCCAGGAAAGCGAUGGCAAGAGAGCAAGUAAAAGCCUUCAGGCCCGCCAGGUACUUCCGUUCCGUUCCGUUUUUCUCUGGGACUGAGAAAAGUUUGCCCAGCAUGUUUGUUCAUAUCAUUUGAGAGACUACAUAGUAAAUGUGGUGGCAGCCACAUCCUGGUCGGCAGUCCAGGUGUUUGCUUUUAAUUUCGCCUCUUCUUUUGCCUUUAGUUUUAAAUGAUGAUUAGAGCGCUUGCAUCCGGACCAGGAAUAUUAUUUGCAUGACUCGUUUGUGGCCCCGGCUUACCGAGCAAUUUCCUGCUCCAAUAACCAAUGAAAAUGGUGAAGAGAUUCAAAUUUACCGCACUGGGGAGAUGCGCACACAACGGGUCUUUCCAUUUGCUUUCUUCAAGGAGCUUGUCUUCCUCUACCCUGAAUUCCACUGGAUGCAAGCAAUUCCCAUUUAAAUCGAUUUUAAAUGGAAAACUAUGAAUAUACUUGUGUGUACAAAUACGAGUGGUUUAUGCUCCAGUAAAUUCGCAAGUUAUCUUCAAAAAUACACAGAGCAAAUAUAA